CUUCCAAGGUUCCGGGAGUUCGGCGUCCGGGCCCGCCGUAGUGGCCAUGACGGCCCGCGGGACCCCGAGCCGCUUCCUGGGCAGCGUCCUACACAACGGACUGGGACGCUACGUACAGCAGCUGCAACGCCUUAGCCUCAGGGUCAGCCGUGACGCUCCUUCGUCCCGUGGCGCCAGGGAGUUUGUGGAGCAGCAUGUGACGGACUUUGCGCGGAGGAACCCGGGGGUCGUGCUCUACGUGACCGCGAAGAAAUGCCAUGUGCCUCAGCUGGUGGCGGAGUACCUGAACGGCUCUGCCCAGGAGGUAGCUAUCGGUAAUAAGACGGCGGAGGAGAUUGCCACGCUGAUCCAGAAGUUAGCUGACCAGUCAGGCCUGGACGUGAUUCGCAUCCGGAAACCCUACCACACAUACAACCCGAGUAUCCAGGGGCAGUGGCACCCGUUUACCAACAGGCCCCCCCCAACUGGGCAAGGAAGUCAUAGCUAAUGGUUCUGACCAGAAACCCCAAUAAAACCUAUUUAUUUUUACACAGCGA